AUGUCUGAGCGCUCUACUGUUCACGUCUCGGACAUCUCGGCCGGUACCACUGAGAAGGAGGUCCAGGACUUCUUCAGCUUUUGUGGAAAGAUCACUGCCCUCUCUCUGACCCCUGUCUCUGGCGAUGCCAAUGCCCCCAAGUCUGCAUCCGUGACUUUCGAGAAGGAAGCUGCUGCUAAGACCGCUCUCCUCCUCGACCAGACCCAAUUGGGUGCAUCCUCCGUCCACGUCCAGGCCGCCCAGACCUUCGAGGACAUCGCCGGUGGCCAAACCGCCCAAGCAGCAGAGGCCAAGGACGAGAACCACCACGACCUCGAACAAGAAGACAAGCCCCGUUCCCGCAUUGUUGCCGAAUACCUUGCUCACGGCUAUUCGCUGAGCGACAACGCGAUCCAGAGGGCCAUCGCUCUUGACUCAAAACAUGGAUUCUCCUCGCGCUUCACGUCGGUGCUCGGCAACUUCGACCAGAAGUACCAGGCUAGUGACCGUGCUCGUGGCUUGGACCAAAACUACAAGCUGAGCAACAAGGCCUCCACUGGAUGGCGUGGACUGAACUCGUACUUUGAGAAGGCUAUGGGCACCCCGUCCGGCCGCAAGCUGCGGGACUUCUAUCAGCAGACUGACAAGCAAGUGCGGGAGGUUCACAAUGAGGCCCGGAGACUUGCAGACUUGAAGAAUGGCAAGGGAGAGGUUGAGUCGGAGGGUGUCCCUGCUGCCGCAUCGGGUGCUAAUGUUGCUCCUGGAACGGCGGCUCCUGCUCAGCCGCCGGCCUAUGCUGCCGCGCCUCCGGAGAAGUCUUAG